UGCGUGGCGGCGGAACUGUGCCCGUCUCGCGCUCUGUCGGUGAGCAAAACUUCGAGGAGCGCGUGAAGAGCGCGAGGGGCUGAACGCGGUGUCCGUGAAGAGUGUUCUGUUGUUGUUGUUGUUGUUGUUGUUGUUUGUCUAGGAGGAUCCGACACCGGCACGUGUCUUAGCUGGAGAGAUGGAUACCAGACCACCAAGUUUACUAACUUGAGUUCCAAAGGACUCGACACAGGGCAUGUGUAUCACCAAGGGACAACCUUCACACACACGUAUACAUAAGACUUGUGUGAGAGAUGGGCUAUAGUCUGACGCGAGUUGGCGUAGUGUGGGCUCUGAUCUCACUGCUGAGUGCCGCUGUGUCCUGUGUCGGAUUCUUCAUGCCCUACUGGCUCCUGGGCUUUCAGAUGGGGAAGCCGGUGUCGUUCGGGACGUUCCGGCGCUGCUCGUACCCAGUGCGAGAUGAGGUCCAUGGUGGCACGGUGAUGAUGGAGCAUUGCGGACGCUAUGCCUCCUUCCUGAGCAUCCCCAGUCUGGAAUGGAGGAUCUGUACGGUGGUGACAGGAAUCGGGUGUGGCCUGCUGCUGCUCGUGGCCCUGACCGCACUCAUGGGCUGCUGCCUGUCAGACAUCAUAUCACGCUCAGUCGGGCGAGCAGCCGGAGGGAUCCAGUUUGUGGGAGGCUUGUUGAUCGGCUCCGGGUGCGCUCUGUAUCCUCUUGGAUGGAACAGCGAGGAGGUGAAGGAGACCUGCAGCAACGCCUCGGACCAGUUCAACCUCGGUUCGUGUGAACUCGGCUGGGCGUUUUACUGCACGUGUGUUGGUGCUGCCGUCAGCCUGCUGCUGUGUACCUGGAUGUCCUGCUUCGCUGGGAAAAAACAGAAACACUACCCAUACUGAGAGACAACACACACACACACACACACACACACACACACACACACUUUUUUAGGUGUCAGAAGAGUGUCCAAAUUCUUACAUAUCAAAAUGAAUUAAAAAAAGAUUUGUUUGCUUGAUGAGUCCAACAUGCCAUGAUACACUUACAGGCGGUGUCCCGAACCACGAAGGACAAACACAACUAUGAUGUGUCUGAAGAUCUUUGUUUAGUAUCAACAAAGAGAGCAGAUUUAAGGUUUUGGCCAGGUGUGAUGUCACAUACAUCAAUUACAUGUCAGUCAUGGAGAGGCCUGGAGACAGACAGACGAUAGGAAAUACAUUAGCAUUUUCCGGUUAGACAAAAGGGUUCCAGCGGACACGAGCUGUCUGGACGUUUAUUCGUCUGGACAUGGACUAUAGGAAGCGUUACCAUAGAAGGAAUCAGGAAACACAGGACGGGGUUGUUUUAGGAGCACAUGGGCACAGGGGAAGUUCACAUCAUUUCAUCAUUUUACAAAACCUUACACACUUGUACAGACAUUUAUAUUUUGGGACUCCUGAAAGACCCAGAUGGAGCAAGGUUAUUGCAUGAUUGACCUUUAACCUUUCCAAGGUGUUUUUUUUUUAUAGAUUUUUCUUUCUUCAGAGUGGAGAGGAAAUUCGGCUCUUUUUCUUCCUUUUAAUUAUUUGUGUUUGCACAUAUAACAGUUGUAUAUAUACUGUAUAUAUUUUUCCUCAGUGUAUAACUAGAGUUAUUCAGGUCACAGUUGUCUCAAUUUAUUAGUUAUUGAUGAUAACUAAAACACUAUUCAUUUUAUUUAA